AUGGACUAUGACUUUAAAGUGAAGCUGAGCAGCGAGCGGGAGCGGGUCGAGGACCUGUUUGAAUACGAGGGCUGCAAAGUUGGCCGAGGCACUUAUGGUCACGUCUACAAAGCCAAGAGGAAAGAUGGGAAAGAUGAUAAGGACUAUGCUUUAAAACAAAUAGAAGGAACUGGGAUCUCUAUGUCGGCAUGUAGAGAAAUAGCAUUACUUCGAGAGCUUAAGCAUCCAAAUGUCAUCUCUCUUCAAAAGGUGUUUCUGUCUCAUGCUGAUAGGAAAGUAUGGCUUCUGUUUGACUACGCUGAACAUGACCUCUGGCAUAUAAUCAAGUUUCACAGAGCUUCUAAAGCAAACAAGAAGCCAGUUCAGUUACCUCGGGGAAUGGUGAAGUCACUAUUGUAUCAGAUCCUAGAUGGGAUUCACUACCUGCAUGCUAACUGGGUGUUGCACAGGGAUUUGAAACCUGCUAAUAUUUUAGUUAUGGGUGAAGGUCCUGAGCGAGGAAGAGUAAAAAUUGCUGAUAUGGGCUUUGCCCGAUUAUUUAAUUCACCUUUGAAGCCUUUAGCAGAUUUGGAUCCAGUAGUCGUAACAUUCUGGUACCGAGCCCCAGAAUUACUUCUUGGAGCGAGACAUUAUACCAAAGCUAUUGAUAUUUGGGCUAUAGGGUGUAUAUUUGCAGAACUACUAACGUCAGAACCAAUAUUUCACUGUCGACAAGAGGACAUCAAAACUAGUAAUCCUUAUCACCAUGACCAGCUGGACAGAAUAUUCAAUGUAAUGGGAUUUCCUGCAGAUAAAGAUUGGGAAGAUAUAAAAAAGAUGCCCGAACAUUCAACAUUAAUGAAAGAUUUCAGAAGAAAUACGUAUACCAACUGCAGCCUUAUCAAGUACAUGGAAAAACAUAAAGUUAAACCAGAUAGUAAAGCAUUCCACUUGCUUCAGAAGUUGCUUACCAUGGACCCAAUUAAGCGAAUUACCUCAGAACAGGCUAUGCAGGAUCCCUACUUCUUAGAAGAUCCGCUUCCUACAUCAGACGUUUUUGCCGGUUGUCAGAUCCCUUACCCCAAACGAGAAUUUUUGACAGAAGAAGAACCUGAUGACAAAGGAGACAAAAAGAACCAGCAGCAGCAGCAGGGCAAUAACCAUACUAAUGGAACUGGUCACCCAGGGAAUCAAGACAGCAGUCACACACAGGGACCCCCGUUGAAAAAAGUGAGAGUUGUCCCUCCGACCACUACCUCAGGUGGACUAAUCAUGACCUCAGACUAUCAGCGUUCCAAUCCACAUGCUGCCUAUCCCAACCCUGGACCAAGCACAUCACAGCCACAGAGCAGCAUGGGAUACUCAGCUACCUCCCAGCAGCCUCCACAGUACUCACACCAGACACACCGGUACUGA